CUUCUGCUGGUUUUAGCACUCACCCUCAUCUCCUGCUUGCAAGUUAGAAACCCACCAGAAAAAGAAAAACCAGUCUUCUUCUCUGAGCAAGUUACUAUCUGUAAACCACUGAACAAUACCCAUGUUUGGUUCAUUAAGAAUUUCUUCCCAGAAUCCAAGAAAGCAGCAGCAGAAGCAAGAACGAGAAUGGUUAAACUUGAGUUUUAAGCCAGAGAAUUUCCUUCCAGGAGUUGUCAUUGGCUUCAUUCUUGGGUUGUUGUUGGAUUUAUCACAACCUGGUAAGGGUUCCUUGAAGUUGAAGAGGAAAAAUUUCUCAGAGGGUAAGCCCCAACAGCGAAGUUUGGUCUCGACUAAUGGUGAUGAAGAGCUUAAAAUGGUUCUUGUAGUUAGACGAGACUUAAAGAUUACAACUGGAAAAAUCGCAUCUCAGUGUGCUCAUGCUGCCACCGGCAUGUAUGCAGAACUGAUGCAAAGCCGUAGGUCCCUUUUGAGACAAUGGGAGGAAAAUGGGCAACCCAAAAUUGUGGUUACAUGCAAGAAUCAACAAGAAAUGAAUAAGCUGAAAGAAGCAGCUGAGGGCAUUGGCCUUCCAACUUUUGUUGUCGCUGAUGCAGGGCGAACACAGGUUGUGAGUGGGUCAAAGACAGUUCUUGCCGUUGGACCGGGACCAAAAGAAUUGGUAGAUUCAGUGACAGGGAAACAGGGUCUCCUCUGAAGUUCUGUAGAAAGAAAGGGCUAUUUCCUGCCACACCAGUGUUCUUACAUUUUGUUCUUUCUUCUCUGAUUGAGACCUGUAAAAUGCAGUCAAGUUGAAGUUUGAUUUCACCAUUCUGCAAAGCUGUGGCCAAAUGCCUUUUUCCUAGUGUUAAUAGGAAGAAGCCUUUGUAAUUCCGUUAGGUGUCCUGUAGACCUAACCUCACUGCCAGUAGGGGUGAUAAGGUAGGAAAGGUGGAUAUAUAUCUUGAAUUUUCCAUUCUUCUGAUUCAGAUGUAUGUUGAACAUAUUGUAAAUUGUGUGUUAAUGCGUUAAAAGGAGCAUGAUUUGUAAUUUUGCAAAUUGAAACUCACCUAUUUUAGAUUUUUA